AUGGCUGAGGUGGUGCCCAAGCUGGACACCACCGAGAGGGAAGAUCAGGUCCAGAUACUGGGCAAGCGGGGUCGCUCUCGUGAAAUUCGACCUGAAGACAGUAACGAUUUGGUCGAAAAGAAGCUAUCCGUUGUGUCCUCACAAAUGGCUAUUGCCCCGUUUUCAAAGGAACCGCAGUCGUCGUCCACCUUGCUUUUCGUGAAAACCGAUGACCAGGUUCUCGCCAAGGCCACUCGUCAACGGUACACCCAAGAGGAUCACAUUUUGCUUAUCAAGUAUGUCAAGGAACUGUUGCCUGUUCGAGCCAGAUUUGAAGCGAUUUUGGCAGCGUGGGAUGAUGUGGCCAACAAGCUAAACAGAAACCCAGACUUUUUCAAGGACAAAAUCAAGGGCCCUAUUGUGCGAUACCGCUUCAAAAAUCUUGUUGGAAAAUCGUGUACGGGUUAA